AUGAAACUUGAUACAAGUUAUAUGCGUUACCUUACAGGUGACGACUUUAAAGUGUUGCAAGCUACUGAACAGGGAUCCCGUAAUCAUGAGUUGGUUCCAACAACUCUAAUUCAUCAACUAUCUGGAAUGAGGUCUAUUUCGGGUACAAAUAGAUCUAUUUCGGAUCUUGCAAAGCUUAAGUUGGUAUCUAAGAUGAGAAAUGCGAAGUAUGAUGGUUACUGUAUUACAUAUAAUGGGUUUGACUACCUAGCGUUAAAAUCUCUACUUAACAAAGGAGUUCUAUAUUCUGUUGGCAAUAUGAUCGGUGUAGGUAAGGAAUCAGAUAUCUAUCGCGUUAGUAACCGUGAAUCAGAGAAAUUGGUAAUGAAAAUUCACAGGCUAGGAAGAACUUCUUUUCACACAGUGAAGAACAAUAGAGAAUACCUUAGGAAAAAUCAAUCUGCUAGUUGGAUGCACCUAUCGCGCUUAGCAGCAGGAAAGGAGUACCAGUUCAUGUCAAUGCUAUAUACUAAAGGAUUUAAGGUCCCACGACCAUAUGAUAACUCCAGGCAUGUAAUUAUCAUGGAGUAUAUUGACGGUUUCCCUAUGAGGCGUUUAAGGAAGCACAAGAAUAUUCCUAAAUUAUAUUGUGACCUGAUGAAAUUUAUAGUUAACCUAGCAAACCACGGUUUGAUACACUGUGAUUUCAACGAAUUUAACAUUAUGAUGAAAGAAGAGACUGAAGGCGAGGAUGAUCCAGGGUUUAUUGUCAUAGAUUUUCCACAAUGUAUUUCUAUUCAACAUGCAGACGCAGAGUACUAUUUCAAAAGAGAUGUUGAUUGUAUUAGACGAUUCUUCAAGAAAAAGUUGAAAUAUGAUCCAGUGUCUGAUUCAAAUUUUCUAGAUACUGAUGGAUUCGGAGAUGGUUAUAAGUAUGCUUAUCCGGUUUUCAGCAGAGAUGUCGAAAGGUGUGAUAAUUUAGAUGAGUUACUAAUGGCAUCAGGUUUUAGUAAAAAGCACCCUGGUGAUAGGGACUUGGAAGACAAUAUGGACCGCAUGAGGAACGCAGAGUAUGACAGUGCUUCCGAAGACGAAGUAGGUGAGGAUAGUGAGUAUAGUGAAGAGUAUUCGGAAGAAGAAUUUGAAAGUGAAUCUGAUGAAGAUUCUAUUGACGAAGAGAACGAGCGGAUUAUUGAUGCUCUCUCGUCUGGCGUGGGUAACUUAAAAAUUGAUAAAUUGGGGAACUAUAUACUAGAAGAUUAG